AAUUUAUAUGACCACUAGUCAAAUCUACUUGAAUCUGUACCAUCUCCCGACCUCUCUGUGCUGCAGGACUGUACAAAGAAAGACUGCUUACCGCUACUUAUAAGGGACGAAACAGCCCACAUCUGCACAUCAUCCCUGUGGACAUAUCAGACACAAGUGGUGACGGCGCCAUUUUCUCGUGCAGGUCUCAUAUAUGCCAUCUGGGGACGAGUAUGCAUUCAAUCGGUUGGAAUCUGCAAGCUACGGAGGGAUGUGCGAUAGUCCCACGCUGGGUGCGUUUGCUGUAGAGACAUGGCCUCAGGAGAACGACGAGCAAGGUGAGCAGAAAAAAAAAGACUUUGCCUGUAAGAGAAUUUACAGUCGGGGGUUGGCGUCCGAGGUAUAGGACGCGGGCCCGGGUGGACCCCGGAGUUGGGCGCCGGGAAAUGAAGGGCGUCUGCAUUUGAGCGAGUGGUUCCCAUCGAGGGUUGGGUGUCUUCACGCUUGUACCCGUCCUCCUCGUUCCUCGCUGCUGUCGUCUGUCGCUGCUCUCUGCUUUGUCCCUCUUUGCUUUCGCGUGUUUUCAACACCUGUCUGUCAUUUAUGCUGGCGUUGACACCGUUUCACACAUACCAGGCUUAGACUAUUUGCGCGCUCAUCCAUCAGCUGCACUCCCCCCUUCUCCCCUCUCCCCAAGCAGAUCAAUUAUGCUCAAUCGACCUCGCGCACCGACUCCUUCUAAUAACCUUCAGACACAAGACGAAUGGCCAGCAGAGUAUGACCACCAGUACGAGCCGCCGUCGCCUUCUAGUGCCUACAUCGUAGACUCGCCAAGCAACCCUUUACCCUCUCCCUCCUCCCCUCCUUCACAUUUUCGUCAACCGCUCUCUCGUUCUGCCUCAGAGGAAGAAGAGUCGUCCUUUGUUUCCGACUCAGGUCAUGCUCAUUCGCCAGUACGUUCACCCAAGCUCCCUGGUCUCCCUGAUCCAUCGCAGUACCCCGAUCCCUAUCCGUUUCGACCACCUCAUUGGAUGCAUGGCGCAUCAACCCCUGCGCUGUCUACUACCGACUCCUCUUCUGCGUCGACACGUUCGUCUGCCUACACCAACUCGGCUCGGUCCGGCGAUUACGGACACGUACAUGUCGCAUUGGGUAAUGACGAGCCCGAUGUGGGUGUAGGUAUUACGACUGAUGAUGUCGUCCAACUUCUUGCUCAAGAGCGCGCCAAUGCUUCCUCUGCAUCUCAGAGCAAGCUUCCUGCGGAGAAUUCCCGUUGGUCCGACCUUUAUGCAAAUUCUACUCGGUCCCGUUCUUCAUCUGGACAUGGGAAGUCUGAUAGCGUGCAUGAGAAUGAACACCCUCCUCGUUUACGUACUACACCAAGUUUUGACGUUUCUUGGCAGGCGGUGGAUGAACGGGACGAGAUUGGGUUGACGAGCGAGGAUGAAACAGAUGAUUACGGGGAUGACGACGACGUCGAUGAUGAAGGAGACGAUGAGUUGCCUACUAGUGCCAUGAUCAUCGCUGAGGAGGGUCUUGGAGUGAUCGUGCAAGGAGGUAAUGUGCCCAUUCAUCAAAUCCACGUCAAGCCAGGUACAACUCAUCUGCUCAUUGGGUCUUGCAGUACACCGAAUGCCAUACCGUCGUUUGUAACUAACGCGGUACCGCAUAUCACUACCACCCUGCUUGCUCUAGACAUUUCAGCGAAUUUCUUGGUCGCACUUCCUCCGGCUUUGGGAUCUUGUAUCUGCCUCGAGGAACUGAAUAUUGCAGCUAAUCCUCUUCGAGCGCUCCCCGUAUUCUUGUCGAACCUCACGUCACUCAAAGUCCUCAUUGCGGAUUCGACCGGAUUGAGCACUUUGCCGCCGCAAUUGGGUGCUCUUGAUAAACUCCACAGUCUCAGCAUUCGCCGCAAUAAGAUGAAUUCGCUGCCGAGUUGGUUAUGUCUUCUGCCGUCCCUUGAGACUCUGCUCGUGGAUGGGAAUCCAUUCCAGGGCCCCUGGAAAGCUCUAGUUGAGCCUCUCCUUGCUAAAUCCCCCAUGUCCCCUCUUUAUCCACCAUCGACCCCUAUAUUUCCUCCGCCAUCUGCCAGCAUCCAGAGCACUACCACCGUAGAGACAGAUAUCGAUGAUAUGCCUGAUUCCCCUCCGACGGUGGACGGGGACACGCCCCCUUUCGUUCACAUCGAAGACGAAGAUACCAUUACACCUGCUCGCGCCCCGCAUCUUACACGCUCGAUCACAGCACCAUCUACCAUACCGCCCUCGCCCUCGCCAACGUCGCCUAGUCUCGCUCGUACACGCACAACACCUAGUAAGGCUUACUAUGACCGGAAUCGCGCAGCUAGUAAGUCUGUUGUUGAUACUCGUCGGGGACCUUUGGUGCCACCUAAAUCAGACGAGCAAUCUCUUGAUCGUGAGGUACGCAAGAUGAAGAGUGCUGGCGAGUUGAGAAGGAAUUUCGUGAACCCGCCGCCCGAUGCGCCACCUUCUCUGUCUACUUCUUCCUCGCCUUUACGUCCAGGGUUGUCUCGUUACGGAAGCUCGGCAUCUAGUUCGAAUCUACUGGCAGUAGGCACACUACCUGGUGAAUCCUCGGUACCGAAGCGAUUCGCCAGUUUAGGCGUUUCCGCUGCAUAUUCAUCACCUGGUGGCGGACGGAUGCGCCCUGGCGUCGACCCUACUCUCUGGGAUAACAUCUCUGGUGAUGAGGCAGAGGAAAGUCCACCAGUGCCCCCACAAAAGCCGUUGCCUUCUCCCUCAAAGUUGUAUACCGGGUCCCCGCCUAGACCCUUGAACGAUGCUCGAUCUCGUCCAGAGGUUCGUCCAGGUAAAGAGGAGAAAUCUGGUCGUUGGGGCUUCUUGAAGAAGAUGUCGAUGGGAAAGAUGAGAUCGGAGCCUCCUUCCAAUUCUCGUCCGGAUACUGCACAGGGCCGUCCAAUCUUGAAUGCACAAGCCAGGCCGAUGUUGACCAAGUUUUCUUCGAGUAGUCCUGCCUUCCACAACGAUCCACGACUAUCCACAGGCAUACCUCAAAUUGAUGUACGGAUCUCCACGACGGGCAUGUUGCUGAAUCCUCCUGGUACCCCAGAGAUGAUUCCACCUAGCCUGUCAAAGAAGCCGUCUAUGGACAUGCUGAAGUUGAGUCCACCUCCACCGCCUAUCCCAGAGAAACCCUCCAUGGAACAAUUGAAGCCUCCACCAUCUGCAUUCUCCAACAACAAUCUUCUCGUUCCGACACCAACACCUCGCGCAACGAAGCGUCGGAGCUUCCUCCCGAUAGACGUCGCUCCCAUUCCCAUUCCUGACGCCUCCUCGUUCGUCCCUAAUCUGACAGCGACCAGUGAUGCUGAUGAUGGUGUUGAGACCGCUCGCGCCCCUCCGCAAGCGAUGACACACGAAUCUCUGGAGCAGCUGCAUCGACGCGAAGAGGAGAAGGCUCGCGAGGCUAGGACGCGAGCCCUAAGGUCUGUCAUGGCAUACCUCCGGGACAUGCACGAUUUGGGGCUUUCUCAAUCAAAUACCCUGAGCAUCUACGGUGGUCUUGGAGACCCCAACGCUGGUGGACUUCGCUCUCGCCGACCUACAGUUGUGGAGAAUAAUCGACUGACCUCCGAGGGAUCAACUCACUCCAUUAUUUCCAGCCUUGGAUCAAGACCUGAGUCGUCUGUGCGGUCCUCGAGCAUGAGGAGCGGGACUACUACCCAAACCAACAGUGUUGCGACGACUGAUAGCAAUGGCUCGAAUGGCGAGGAGCGGAAGUACAAGGAUGACAAGUCCAAACGAGCACGCGUUGUUCGCGAGAUCAUCGAGACUGAACGGACGUAUGUCAAGGGUUUACAAGAACUUGUCGACAUCUACAUCAAACCAGCCGGCGCUCCAGUCAAUGUCCUUAGCGGUGUCGGUCAAAGCAAGGAUACCGUUAUUCCUGCUGCCGAACGCAAGGUUGUCUUUCAAGGACUUGAGUCACUGUUCUCUUUCCAUAAAGCCAGCUUCCUACCUGCGCUAGAACGGGCGGCAGCACCUGUCAUGCGGCCUUCGGACGAACUUCUCUUAGUCGAUGCAGAUGGCGAGACGUCUAUGAGUGCCGCUCGGGCUGUAGCACAGGCAUUUGUUUCGCAUGCGGCGUUCAUGAAGAUGUACUCAACAUACAUUAAUAACUUUGACAAUUCGGUGCAGCGUAUAAAGGCAUGGUUAUCAGACCGAUCCGGUUCACCGGGCCAAUCUCUGUCUCCCUCGUCUAGUUCUGCGGGAGUGGUGGGCCUUGGACUAGCCAUGUCUGCUAUCAGCACCCCAGGAGUUAUGCCAGAUGGAGGUCCGGUAAAUAGCAAUCUUGCUCCGUUGACUUCAAGUCAGAAGAAAAGAAUCAAGUCAUAUCUGAAGCGUUGCCGAAUGAAUCCUCGCCAUUCGCAACUCAACUUGGAAGGUUAUCUUUUGCUCCCUGUGCAACGGAUUCCACGGUAUAAGCUAUUGUUGGAAGAAUUGCUCAGAAGCUGCCCUCCAGUAUACGAGUACAUGGAAGAUCCUCUAGAUAAGGCACUGUCUGAGAUUUCCGUCUUGGCUACCAACAUGAACGAGGGUAAGCGGGAGUCGGAAUCUCGACGUAGACUGGUUCUUUGGCAAUCAAGAAUCCGGGGCAAAUUCCCCAGCCCUCUUGUACAACCUCACAGACGUCUCAUUAUGGAUGGACGUUUGCAUUUGACCCGAGUAGUACGGAAGGCAACAGUAUCAUUCGAAGUCAUUGACUCCAAGGGCGACGCGUCAACUGUACAAGUGGAGUGCUUGUCGCCGGAAUUAACUCCGAGAUCAUUGGUUGGCGUUCUUUGCAACGAUCUACUUGUUCUCUGCCGCGACCCUUCGGAUGGUCAGGAACCGAAUUCUAUGGUGGAUCUAUGGGCAGUCCUUCGCAUGCAGACGUUGCCUCAGCCGGCUACCAUUGUGCAUGGAAACGCCCUCCGCCUUGUGGACAACAAGGCGAUUCUUUAUUUCGAUGUCCCUUCUAACUCGGAAGCGCUUACAUGGUUCAGAGCAAUCAAUCUGAACAUGGCCCAAAAGACUUAAUCUCUCUUCGUUUCGACUUGCAUUACAUCAAACAUAUCGCUCACAGUCAUCAGUACUCACUUGGUCCCCCCUUUUGCAAAUUCAUCAUUAUAAUUGUAUUUACACCCCCUUUGCAAGGGUAUCGAUGCCGCCUUGACGAGCUGCAGUCCGCUCCUUCCUUGGCAUUUUUCGGAUGCUUGUUCUCUAUGCCUGUAUAUUCGCUCAUCCAUCCGACCCUGUGCUCCUAGCUUAGUACUUCCAAUCCUUUUCUAAGUUUAUUUUGCAUCAUCUGGUUUUCGACUUCGCUGCAUUAUUUUACCAUAGAGCUUUGUGUAUAAAAUGGGAAUAUGAUUUUUUUCUCUCUUGUUUGUUUCGCUUGAGCCGUCUGAGUGCUUGGUAG